AUGUUUACAACUCUUCUUGCGGCCGUGGCUAUUGCUGCCAGUCAUGUUGCACACGCUUCUACCUCUGCAACUCCUAGCCUCCUCCUUUUCUCCAAGACGGCUGGCUAUCGUCAUGCAAGGCAUCUCGUGAGCUCCAUUGCCAAUGAGAAGGGUUGGUCAGUCGCGGCGACAGAAGACUCUGCCAUCUUCACCAACGGGAGCCUGUCCGCCUACAGCACUCUGGUCUUCAUCUCCACGACCGGCAACUACCUGUCAACUAAUGAGUCGGAUGCUCUCAACGAUUUCCUGCUUAACGGUGGCUCUUGGCUAGGCAUUCACGCCGCCGGUGAUUUUGGAGACGAUAUGCCUAACUGGUUCACCAAGCUUGUUGGUGCACAGAAAGAGCGAUAUCCUCCUAAUGGCAACAUUCGCUCAGACAUCGUCACAAUUCUCGACUUUGACCAUCCCUCGACCUCUGGUCUUCCAGAGAGCCACAACCGGACGGACGAGUGGUAUGCAUACAAGACUAAUCCUGCCGAUGAUUCUGCAUACAAAGUUCUCGCAAAGGUGGAAGAGACAUACAUCGACGAGAUCACGCUAUCUCCAGAGCUUCAGCACAUGCCUCCCAUGCACUCUAUUUCGUGGUACUCUAUGUACGAGGGCGUGGCUAGGGCGUUCUACACUGGUAUGGGACACACUAAUGAGUCUUAUUCUGAGGAGUACUUCGUCAAGCAUGUCACUGGAGGGUUAGAGUGGGUCACCGGCACUUCAGAUUAA